AUGCCUGUAGUCAAGGGAGGUGUCUGGACCAACAUAGAGGAUGAGAUCCUCAAAGCCUCGGUGUCGAAAUAUGGCCUGAAUCAGUGGGCGCGAGUAUCGUCUCUAUUAGCACGGAAGACACCGAAGCAAUGCAAGGCGAGAUGGACAGAAUGGCUAGAUCCUGGCAUUCGCAAGAUCGAGUGGUCCAAGGAAGAGGACGAGAAGUUGCUACACCUGGCAAAGGUGAUGCCAACACAGUGGCGGACGAUUGCACCUAUCGUUGGCCGAACUGCCACUCAAUGCCUUGAACGCUACCAGAGACUUUUGGACGAAGCUGAAGCUCGAGAGAACGAUGAGCUCGGCCUGGGGGGUCCAGAGGGUGGCGAAACAUCUGCACCUACUGGGGAUCAGGUCAGAAGAUUACGGCCUGGCGAACUUGAUCCAGACCCUGAAUCCAAGCCUGCGCGGCCCGAUACUAUCGAUCUCGACGAGGACGAGAAGGAGAUGCUUAGCGAAGCAAGAGCACGUCUAGCGAACACACAGGGAAAGAAGGCAAAACGAAAGGCUCGGGAAAGACAAUUGGAGGAGUCAAGGCGGUUGGCUGUGCUGCAGAAGCGACGUGAGCUGAAAAAUGCAGGAAUCAAUAUUAAGAUCACAACCCGCAAGAAGGGUGAAAUGGACUAUAAUGCAGACAUACCGUUUGAGAAACAGGCUGCGCCUGGUUUCUAUGACACCCAGGAAGAAGAAGUUAAGAAUGAGAGAGAACGAGAAAUGUUUGAUCCUAGGAAACAACAACUCGCGAGAAAGAGACAAGGAGAUCCUGAAGAAAAUCUUGACCCUAAACGACAGAAGCAAGGAAAGGACAAUUCAUCCUCGGCAGCCAUGGCUGCUGCUGCCAAAGCUGGCCAGAUGCAACGGAUUCGCGAGGCCGAGCAGCGAAGUAAGCGCAGAGCACUGAAUCUUCCGGCUCCCCAGGUCAGCGAGGGCGAGUUGGAAGAGAUUAUCAAAAUGGGCAUGGCAGGAGACCGAGCGAUAAAGGCCGCUGGAGAGGAUGCUGAUGACGAUCGUAGCCUGGUGUCCAAUUAUACGAACAUGGUCGGUGCUACUCCCAUUCGAACUCCCCGAGCACCGGCACAAGAAGAUCAUAUCGCGAAUGAAAUCAGAAACAUCCGGGCGAUGACCGAAACACAGUCGUCUUUACUAGGUGGCGAAAAUACACCCUUAAUUGAAGGAACUGGAUCUACAGGAUUCGAUGGCAUCGCUCCACGAAGGCAUGAGAUUGUGACGCCAAAUCCAAUGGCAACCCCUUUUCGUCAAGGAGGACCAGGGGGUCAAAUACCUGGCGCCACACCCCUACGCACUUCCCGAGACAAUUUCACCAUCAAUGAGAAAGGAGAACGACAACUAGUGAGCCAAACGCCACGCGAUCUUCGGCUAGCUGAGAAUGCCGCAAAGCAUUCUCUGCGCGUUAAACUUGCUUCGCUGCCCAAACCCAAGGAAACGGACUGGGAGCUUGAGGUAUUGCCAUCAGAACAGGAGGAGGCAGCAGCUCAGGCCAAGACCGAGCGCGAAGAUCAAGCCGAGGUAGAUCGACGCGAGAGGGAAGCUCGAGAAGCUGCCGCAGCUGCUGAGUUCAAACGUGAGACACAAGUUUAUCAGAGAUCGCUUCCGCGGCCGAGGGUGGUUGACUACAACUCCCUUGCUUCAGAAGCCUUGUCGAUUACUGACCCCAUCCAAGCGAUGAUUGCUGAAGAAGCUGCCCUUUUGAUGGCGCAAGAUGCGUUGAAACACCCACUUCCUGGCUCGAAGGUGACUGGCAAGCCUCCCAGACUGACAACGAUUUCGGAUGAUGCGCUUACGCAAGCCCGACAAGAGUGGGCAGAGGCUUGUGACGAAUCCGAGCAGGAUCUAUACAUAUCUGCUGUUGAGACUCUCUACUCUGGCGGCAGUGAGCGUGACAGUCUCCCUCUAAGGUUCACAGAAAACACCACACCUGAAGAGUACCAAGCUGCCUUCAAAGUGGCUACCAAGAAUCUGCUUGCUGCGGCUGAAGGUGGAAACAAGCUGGAGAAGAAGCUUGGGCUGCAUCUGGGCGGUUACCAAGCUCGGCAAAAGGCAUUGAGGCAAAAAAUCACAGACGUAUAUUUACGGAUUGAGGAGCAACAAGGUCAACUAGAGGCUUUCAGAGCCUUGCAGAUUGGCGAAGAUGCAGGACUCGCGGUGCAGCUCGAGAGACUAAGGGACGAUGUGACUUUGGUAAGCCGAAGGGAACGCGAGGCUCAAGAAGACUAUCGGGCUGUCAGGGACGAGUUGCGAGAGCUGGAGUCUCGAAAUCCAUUGCCUGUAAAUGGGGUGAACGGGCAUGGUUGA